AUGAAUCUCAUAUCUGAAUCACAAAAAUUAUUACCAACUUGGAAAGAAACAACAAAAGUUUCAAAACCGAUACUUCUUGGACCAAGCUAUGCAUCAGUUGUAGCUGGAACAUCUAGAUCUUCAUCACCUGCACGAUUUACUACUGCUGAAGAAUUAUCAACACCAACAGUUCUUCAAAUCAAACCUACAAUCGCAAUAACUAGUGAAACACCUGUAGAAGAGAAACAACCAUCAUUUGAAAUACCAACUGUAGUUACAACAGUCGAGGAAAUAAUAGUACCUCAUGAUCGUCAAAGUAACGACAGUGAUAGAUCAAUGGAUAUUGUUAUUCAAACUGGAGAACGGGCUAAGACCAAUCGACGUGGUAGAUCACCUCGUCGACGGGAUGAACGCACUAAAGAAUCAAAGAAAUCAGAUAAAGAAACAAAACCUAAAAUUGUCGAACAAAAAUCAAUAAAAAUGAUUGAAGAAUCAAAACCUAUUCAAUCAUCAAAUCAUACUUGGGUUCAACAACAAUCUGAACAAAUCGAAGAAAAAAAAUUACAUAAUGUAGAUUUGUUACGAGCAGAAGAAUCAAAACGAGGACGUUCUCCAAGUCCGUUAUGGGUACCAGGCUCUACUAGUUAUGCAGAAAUGCUAAAGGGUCGGGAAUUAGAACAAUUGAGAAAUCGAAAUGCUUCUCAACAAUUUAUUAACGAAGAAAAACAAGUAUAUACUCCAUUAAAUAAAUUUAUUGAGGAUCAAAAAGAGCAAAAAUCCUUUGAAUCCAAAACUCAUGAAGUAGAAUUUGUACAACCUAAACCAGAACAAACUUUAGAACAAGAAUAUUACUAUGGUGAAACUAGCGAUUUAGAAUCAAUACCAAGAACAGAUAUUUGGUCCCAACAAAGUUAUUCAACACCAUAUGAUGAUUUAAAUGCACAAUUAUCAUCAGAUUCGCAAUACACCCGUGAUUUGCAAAAUCAACCACAUCCAAAUUCAACCCAAUAUAUAACCCAAAUAAUACCGGAACCAGUACAAUAUACACAAACCCAAACUUAUUAUCACCAACAACCAGGGGUAACAACUGAAUCUCAUACCCAAUACCUUCAAGGUGUACCCACUGGAAGUAUGUUUGAAUUUAUUCAACCAAUGCCUGAUAUUGUUGGUUAUAUUAGUACCGGACAACAAUUACUGAGUUCGGGUUUGGGUGGACCUUAUACUUCAUCAAAUCAACAACAGUAUUUGGAUUUAAACAUCGACCCAUAUUCAUCAAGUGAACCUUUAUCUUCCGGUUAUAAUUCAUUGUCAUUACAAACUCAAGAAGUAUAUGAAAACCAACAAAAUAUUAACGAAAAUGUACAAGAAGCUAUAAAAGAAACUCCCUUAGAAGUAAUAACACCAGCCGAUAAUGGAAGUUACAUUGUUGAAAAAGAAAAAACGACUAUUGAAUCUUUACCUACAGAAAUUGAAGAUCACAAGCUUGGAUCACAUUUUUCGUAUGCACAAAUUUUAUCUCAGGGAUUACAACAUACUGAAGAAAAGCAACUCCAGCCAUCCAGUCAUACGAAAAAUAUUAUCAAAGAGGCACAACCAGUUCAGAGUUUACCUUCUGUACAACCUACAAAAUUUGUUCAAGAAGAAAACUCCGAAUGGGAAAAUACUACUUAUAAGAAAAAUCGACGAAAGCCCGAAUUACAAGAAACAAAAAUCGAUAAGAAGUUACCAAAAUCAUCGAAAAAAGAGAAAAAAUCUAAAAAAGUUAUUGAUUCGAAUGUUUCUGAUAUUGAUUCUGAUAGAGGAGAGCUAAAAAUAACAUCAAAACCUUUAGAAAAACCUACAACAGAGUCGAAACCAAAGAAAAAUAAAUCAAAAGCUAAUAAACAGAUUACAGAUAAGAGUUUAGACCAAGAAGUAACUGAGGAUAAGUUACUUCUAGAAAAAACAGAACAACAAAGUAAACCUAAAAAACAAAAAACUGAGAAACAAAUUAAGGAGGAACACGAGUCACAGCAAUUAAAACUCGAAUCACAAAAACCAGAACAGAAAAAGUCUAAUAAAGAAUCACCAAAAACAAAUAAGAAAAACUCUGAAAAAGUUUCACAAAAACCAGAAAAGGCAAAACUUGAAAAAGAAUCACAAAAACAAAUGAAAGAAUUAGAAAAACCGGAAAAGAAAUCGCCCGGGGAAGAAUCACAAAAACCAGAAAAGGAAAAAUCUGAAAAAGAAUCACAAAAACCAGAAAAGCCUGUAAAAGAAUUGAAAAAACCAGAAAAUGAAAAGCUUGAAAAUGAUUUACAAGAACCAGAAAAGAAAAAUUCUAGACAAAAAUCACAACAAGUAGAAAAAGAAUCACAAAAAUCAGAAAAACAAAAGCCUGAAAAAGAAUCACAAAAAUUAGUGAAAGAAUUAGAAAAACCGGAAAAGAAAUCGCCUGGAAAAGAAUCACAAAAACCAGAAAAUGAAAAGUCUGAAAAAGAAUCACAAAAACCAGACAAGUCUCAAAAGCCUGAAAAAGAAUCACAAAAGCCAGAAAAAGAAUCACAAAAACCUGAAAAAGAAUCUGAAAAAUCAGUAAAGGUAAUGCCUGAAAAAGAAUCACAAAAACUAGAAAAAGAAAAGUCUGAAAAAGAAUCACAAAAAUUAGAGAAAGAUUUACAAAAACUUGACAAGAAAAAGUCUGAAAAAGAACCACAAAAAACAGAAAAGAAAAAACCUGAAAAAGAAUCACAAAAACCAGAAAAUAAAAAACCUGAAACAGAACCACAAAAAUCAGAUAAAGAAACAAAUAUUACUACUACAACAGAAAUUAAAGUUGAAGAAACCAUAAAAUCGCAAGAAGAAAUAGCAACCAUUGAUAAAAAAGAUGAACAACCGAAAGAAAUUAAAAAGAAAUCUAAAAAGCAAAAAAUAAACCCAACUUUAGAAAGUGAAGGUGAACAAAUUAUUACAAUUGAUACAGAAGAAACACAAAAGCCAAUUGACAAACCCUUAAUAGAGGAAGACACAAAACAAAAAGGUUCUAAGAAGAAAUCUAAAAAAGAAAAACCGAUUCCGCAAAUAACAGAAAAAUUAGAAACUGUCGAAAUACAAAAAACUUCAGUAACAGUAGUUUCUACAAAAGAAUCAACAAAAGUUAUUGAUGAACCUAAAAAAGAUGAACUUGGCUUAAAACCCGAAGUGGAUGAAAAUAAUAAAAUAUCACCAUCUUUAAUUCUUGAGGAUUCUAAAAAGAAAUCCAAAACCACAAAAUCAGAAAAAGAUGAUAAAGAAAAAACAAAAACUUUUAUUGAAAUAGAAAAAUCAGAAAUCUGUGAGCAAAAAUCAAAAAGUAAACAGGAAAAAUCUCAAAAUAAACCAAAGGAUCAAAAUAAACAAGAAUGCUUAGAAAAUCUAACAGAACAAGCAGAUAUAAUAAAUAAAUCUGAUAACUCCACUGAAAAGGGCAGUAAAAAGAAAUCAAAGAAAGAGAAAGUUCCUAAAGAGAAUAAACCUGAAGAAACUAUAAAAGAUGGUGAAUUAAAAUCAGAAAACGAGAAUAUAAUUACUGUGGAGAAUAAGACAGAGGAAAUAUUAAAAGAUAAUAAGCAGAAAUCAAAGAAAAAGUUAGUUUCUCCGAAGGAAGAAAGCUUAGAAAAACCGAAGUCAGCGGAAACAACAAAACAAACUCAGGAAAAUGAAAUUAAAGAGGAAUUAGUGCAGUCAAAACAAACUUUAAAAACUAUUCCAGGCAAUGAUCAAAAAGAAAUUGAACAGAUAUUAGAAAAGGAAAUUCCUACCCUUAAAUCGAAUGAAAUUAUUGAAAAUAUAGUUAGCACAACAGUGGUUGAAAUCAAAAAAUCUAAACUAGAUCUACCUUCUGAUCAAUUAGAUAAUAAAAUAAGGAAACAUGAUGCAGGGGCAUUAUUAUCUCUUGGCAAUAUUAAUGAACAAUUUAUAAAUAAAGAACAACAAUCUUUGGAAAUACAAGCGCCAACGGAAACUUUUGAUGAAAAUAAAUUACUUACCAAACAGCAAACUAUUUCUACCCAACAAGUAUCUACAGAAUUACUUGUUACUGAUAAAGAUCUUGAAGUUGAAAAUACUCAACAAGAAUCUGUUAAAACACCAGAAAUAAGUAAAAUACAAAAACCAGAAAGUGCUAAAACUAGUAAAGAAAAGCCAAAAGAAAAGAAAAAAUCAAAAUCUGAAAAAGAAAAAGUUAAGCAAACGGAAAAACUUGAAAUUUCAGAAAAGGAUGAAGGAAAACUGAAAGAACCUGAAAAAAUACCCACAGCUACAAAAAAUACUGAAGGUGAAGUAAAUAAAUGCACACAAGACUUAAGUACUAAUAAAAAAGAAAUCGAAUUAAUCGAUACUCAGAUAAAAAAUAUUCAAAAAUCAUCAAUCACAGAAACUAUAACAUUUAUAGACAUCGAAAAAUUAAAUUCUUCAGUACAAAUAACCGAUUUGGAUGAUGUACCAUCCACAGAAAAGAAUACAUCUCAAAAUGUAACCAUAGAAACGACUGAACAAAUAAAUACUACAAAUAUAAAUGAUAUAAAUAAAAAUGCUGAGAAAAUUAAGAAUGUAAACGUAGAACUUCCGGUAGAAUGUGAUAAAAUUACAGUUAAAAGCAAUUCAGAAACUGGUACAAGUGAAAAGAAUACUUGUAAUAUAGAAAGUAAUACAUCUACAAUAAUGCCUCAUCACAAUAAAAAGGGUGAAAAUGAAGCGGCAAAAUCGAAACUAUCAUCAAAUGAUCAGAAGUCAUCAUCAACAUUAUCGUCUACAUCUUCAACAGCAACUGUUAAAAAUGUGGAUGAAAUUGAAGCUAAAAUAAAAGAAGAAAGCACAUAUUCAGCCUCAAACGUUCAAUCAACAAUUCAACAAAACGGUACAAAUAAAAUUGUAAUGAUAACACAUGAAAAAGUUCAAUUACCGGUAUUGCAAAUGAAUGUACAUUUAGUUGAGACUACAACACCAUCGUCAGAAACAUCAGAGCAAUCACCUGAUUCAGAAACAAAAAAAGUAUCUACGAAAAUAUCAUUAUCAAAGAAAUGGAUAAAAGAGGAAAUAGAAAAUGAAAACAAAGAACGUACUGAACAAAUCAUACCUGAUGAACCAAAAGCAAUCGAAUUAGAAGCUGAUGAAUCAGAGGGAAUUGAAUUAGAACCAGUCAUUUUUGGAUCAGUGAAAAAACGACAUACAAUAAAAAAAAGUCCACCAAAAAUUGAUUCGGAAAUAGAAAAUAUAAAAAAAUUAGAUGAACAACAAUCUAGUAUCCAUAUUACAAGUACAACGGUAACUAAUCAACAACAAAUUAUGAAUAAUUCAAUAUUAUUGGAUGAAAAUAAAAAGUCAUUGGAAAAACAAAAAAUAAAUGAAACAGGGGACGAGGGUGAUGAUCAAUUAAAAAAUAAAAAAAAUAAAAAAAGUGAUAAAAUAAAAAUUAAUGUUACUGAAAAUAAGGAAUCAAAAUUAAUGGAUACUAAAAUUGAAAUUGUUGAUCAAAAUAUGGAUAACACAAUUAAAGAUGUUUCAUUCGAAAAAAUAUCGAUUGAAAUUAAUAAGUUAAUUGAUGAGGACUCAGAAAAAUCGACUAAUCUAAAUCAAACAAAUGUUUCGAAUGUUUCAAGAAUUGUAUAUGAAACAGUUCCACAGUACGAUUAUAUUCAGUUACAAGAAGCUGAAUUAAAAUUACAAGAAUAUUUAAAGUGUGCAAAACAAAUUGAAAGUGAAAAUAUUUCGAAAAUUGAUUUUGAAAAAGGUAUUCCACAACAAAGUGUUUCGAAAAUUGAAAGUGAUCAUAUUCCUGAUAUUCAAAAAACUGUUUCGAAACAAAGUGAUAAUGUUCCUGAAAAUAUUCCACAACGAACUGUUUCAAAACAAAGUGAUAAUGUUCCUGAAAAUAUUCCAAAACAAACGGUUUCAAACAUAAUAUAUGAAACAAUUCCUUCAUAUAAUUACAUCCAGCUACAAGAAGCUGAAUUAAAAUUACAAGAAUAUUUAAAAAUAAGUCAACAAAUUAAAAAUGAUAGCGUUUCAAAUGUUCCGGAAGUUCAACAAGAAAGAGUGGUAUCUCUUCCAAUAAUUGAAACAAAUACAAUUAAGGAAGGCUCUAAUAAUAUUAAAUUUGAAGUUGAAACUAUUGAUACUAAGGCCGAAUUAAAUGUUUUUGAUGAAGUUGAUUCAACUGUCGUAAAAAAUGUUCCGAAAAUUGAUAAGAAUGUUGAAAGCGAAAAACCAGAACAAGUAUUAAUUUCAAAUGAAAAGGAAGAUUUAUUAAUAUCACAAAAUAUUCCAUCGUUAAAAUCAACUCAACAAAAUGUGGAAAUAAUUUCAACAGAUAACCAAAUUACUGAAAAACUUGAGACAACACAUAAAUCUUCAGAAAUUAAAAAUCUUGAAGGUUUAAAAUCAACAGAAGAAACUAUUGAAAUAAUUUCAACAGAUGUGACAUUAACUGAACAAAAGUUGGAACCAGUUUCAACAAAUAUUGAAAUUACUGAGCAAAUUGAUAUAUCAAGUUCAUCUACAGGAGUUGAUCAAUUAAAUCAAUCACAAUACCUAACGACACAAAUUAUUACUGAAAUGAUAGUAUCAACUGAACAAAAGUUGGAACCAAUUUCAUCGGUUAUUCAAGUUACUGAAAGCAAUGAUUUACUAAAUCAAUUUCCAGAGAAUGUAAAUUUGGAUAUUUCAGAAUCGAAUAUUUCUGAAACUCAAAAAAUCAAACUUGAAAGCCCACCUCAAGAUAUCAAGAAAGAUAUUGUUCAAACUGAAGCUAACAAAAUUGUCGAACCAGUUGUCGUUUUACCAAAGGUUGAAUCAAAAACCGAUUUGUUAUUAAAAGUUAGUUCCAGUUCAAAAUUGAAUCCAAACGCCUUAGAAUUUAUACCAACAUCCGACAGCACAUCUAAAAUAGUGUUACUCGAUAGUAAACCAAUCGUCAAAGCUAUCGAAAAUGAGCCAAAAGUACCUGUUGAUGACAAGUCGUUUGUUGCCGAAAAGAAAGAAAGUAAACAAGUAAAAAAUAAAGGUUUACCAGAUAUUGAGGCAACUGAAAUUAAAUCUGUAACUGAAACUAAACCUAAAGUAUUAGAACCUAAUGUUUUAGACCAAACUACAAUUGUUGAAACUUUACCAUCGUUGUCUGUAACUAAUAAAGCUGAAAAUGAAAGUUUACCAGAACCUAAAUCUAAAACAAAACCAUCUAAAGUUUCGAAUGAAAUUAAAAUUGAUGAAACUUUACCAACUGAAAAAAUUGAAAAUAAAAGUUUACCGGAUUCUAAGCCAGUCAUUGAAACUAAAUCUACAAAAGAAACGAAAUCUAACAUCAAAACAUCUGAGACCAGAGUUGUUGAAACUUCAUUGCCUGAAACUAAAUCUACAAAAGAAACGAAAUUUAAAAUCAAAACAUCUGAGACUAGCGUUGUUGAAACUUCAUUGCCUGAAACUAAAUCUACAAAAGAAACGAAAUCUAAAAUCAAAAUAUCUGAGACUAAGGUUAUUGAACCUUCAUUGCCUGAAACUACUAAACCUGCAAAAGAAACGAAAUCUAAAAUCAAAACAUCUGAGAGUAGCGUUGUUGAAACUUCAUUGCCUGAAACUAAACCUACAAAAGAAACGAAAUCUAAAAUCAAAACAUCUGAGAGUAACGUUGUUGAAACUUCAUUGCCUGAAACUAAACCUACAAAAGAAACGAAAUCUAAAAUCAAAACAUCUGAGACUAGUGUUCUUCAAACUUCAUUGCCUGAAACUAAAUCUACAAAAGAAACGAAAUCUAAAAUCAAAACAACUGAGACUAAAGUUGUUGAAACUUCAUUGCCUGUAGUUAAACAGAUUGAAGAAACACAUAUACAACUAAGUAAUGUUCCAUCUUAUGCUAAAAUUGCAGCAUCCCAUGUUCAUCAUGAUAAUAGCAAUAUUCUGAAAAGUCGAAGUCCUUCACCUAGACGUGCACAACAAGAGUCAUCCAAACAUAUUCCAGCACCUGUUCAAAUCGUGGUUAUUGAAUCUCCUGAAAAUAUUCCUGUAGACACAGAAAAAAUAGUAAAAGUUGAUGAAGAAGGUUUCGUAGAAUUUGUACCUAAAAAAGAAUUACGUAUUCGUAAAUCAAGAUCGCGUUCUCGGCAAAGAUCAAAGUCUCCUUUUGUGGAUAAUUCAAAAACUGUUGAAAUAAAAGAUCAGGACUCAACUGUAUCAAAUGAAGAAAAAAUUCCUCAAUCAAACGAAAGUAUUAUUGAUAGUCAAUCAUUAAAACCUGAAAAUACUAUUACUGAUGAAGUAAAAGGUGAUACAAAGCCUAGCAAGAAAUCUGAAAAGAAAGACAAGAAAGAUAAGCGGAAUAAGAAUAAGUCAAAUGAAACAAACAUCCAAGAACAAGAAAAGGUAGUGGAACAAGUAAAACCUGAAGAAAAUGUAACAUCUGUGAAAACAACCUCUGAACAAAAAACAAAUAUCGAGGAAAUUGUAACAUCAAUAACUAAUGCAUCAGAAAAACUAAUCGAAAAUUCUAAACAUAUUACAAGUUACGCUGAUGUUGUUCUCAAACACAAGCAGGAACAUUCAGAAAUUAAGCUUGCUUCACAACAGGAACAGGAACCUCAAAUUGUUACGCAUAUUUCACUUCCAAAACAACCAAUUAUACUUGUUCAAGAAGUUGAAACUCCUAUGCUUGAGGAACCUAGCAAUUUAAUUGAUGCCGAAGGUUUUAUAUCUGUUGUAAACAAAAAAGAACGUCGACGUUCACGGUCUCGUUCUCGAAAUACAUAUCCAGAAUCGGAUAAUACAAAUUUAUCGCGCCAUAGAUCACGUUCUCGAUCAAGAUCUGGAUGUAGAGAACGUGAAGACGAACCUGAACGUUCUGUAAAAUCUUCAGACAUUAAAAUUGUUGAAGAUAAAGAGAAUAAAGUAAAAUCUAGAAAAGAAAAACAAAAACCAUCCACAAACAAUAAGACGGAAAUUGUAAAUGUAAUUGAAAAUGAAACUAAAAAGUCAAAGAAACAGCCUAAAAAAGAGAUAGAAAAUAAUACAAUCGAAUCAAAAACAGAAAAUAUUGAAAAACCUGAAAUUGUAAACGUUCCUGAAAGUGAUGGUAAAAAAACAAAGAAACAUCUUAAAAAUAAAUCAGAAGGUGACACUGUUGUGACACCUGAAACUAAAAAUCUACCUGAAAGUGAAGGUAAAAAAUUAAAGAAACAGUCUAAAAAACCAGAAAUGGUUUCUACGGAAUUGAACAAAGAACAUACAGGAAUUGUACAUGAAACUGAAGUUGAUAGUAAAAAAUCGAAGAAACCUAAAAAUCCUAAAAGUAAGCCAGAAAUCAAUGCAACUGAAACUAAAUCAGAGACAACUGAAAAAAUAACACCGGAAGUAGUAAUUAACGUGGAAAAUGAUAAUAAGAAAUCUAAGAAACGAAUCAAAAACAAACCAGAAACUGAUUCCUCUGAGUUAAAAACAGAGCAUGUAGAAAACACAACCAUCGAAACUGUAAAUAUAGUUGAAAAUGACAAAAAGUCAAAGAAACCUUCUAAAAAUAAACCAGAAAACGUUAUAGUUGAAACGAAACCCGAAAAUAUAGAAAACUUAGCACCUGAAAUUAAAAAUGUUGAAAAUGAUAUUAAAAAAUCAAAGAAGCCUAAUAAAAAUAAACCUGAACUUGAUUCAACUGAAUUAAAAACAAGUAAAAUGGAAAACUUGGCACCGGAACCUAUAAGCGCUACAGAAGAUACUACAAAAUCAAAGAAACAGCCUAAAAACAAAAUUGAAUCAAAAAUAGUGCUAGCAGACGACGUAAAAUCUAAAACUGAAGAUGUGCCUGAAAUUACUUCUAUUGAAUCUAAAACAGAACAUUUAGAAAACUUGGCCCCUGAAACUGCAAACGUCGCUGUCGACGAUAUUAAAAAAUCAAAGAAACGAUCUAAAAAUAAAUUGGAAAUUAAUACCCCUGAAUUAAAAACAGAAAGAGUAGAAAAUAUCACAUCCCUCGUUGAAUCAAAACCAGAACAGCAAAUUGUUACUGUUGAUAAAGCCGAUAUAAGUAAACCAGAAACAACAAAAGUUUCAGAUAAAAAUAUUGAUGUCUGUGAAAAUAAUAUUAAAAAAGCAAAGAAACAAAAGAAUAAAGCAGUAGUUUCUGCAGAAGAUGCCAAAACUGAACCUCAAACUGUAGCAGAUUUGGUUAGUAGUACUUCAGGUGAAACAGUAAAAUUUUCAGAUGAAACUGUAAAUGUCCCUGAAACUGAUACUAAAAAAUCGAAAAAACCAAAAAAGAAAGAAGUUUCUAAAGAUUUUAAAAUUGAACCUCAAGCUGUGGCUGAUUUGGUUAGUACUUCAACUACACCAGAGACAGUAAAAGUUGCAGAUGAAAAUGUAAGCGCCACUGAAGGUGACACUAAAAAAUCAAAGAAACAAAAGAAUAAAGCAGAAGUUUCUAAAGAUUUCAAAAUUGAACCUCAGAUUGUGGCUGAUUUGGUUUGUACUUCAACUGAACCAGAGCCAGUAAAAGUUUCAGAUCAAAAUGUAAGCGCUGAAGGUGACACUAAAAAACCAAAGAAACAAAAGAAUAAAACAGAAGUUUCUAAAGAUUCCAAAAUUGAACCUCAAGCUGUAACUGAUUUGGUUAGUACUUUAACCACCAAACCAGAGACAGUAACAGUUUCAGAUGAAAAUCUAAGUGUCGCUCAAGAUGACACUAAAAAACCAAAGAAACAAAACAAUAAAGCAGAAGUUUCUAAAGAUUCUUCACAGAAAGAUACAAAUGUUUCAACAAAACAAGUUAAAGAAAAUUCUAAGAAAUCUAAAAAACAAGAAACUGCCAUUGACUUACCUAAAGAAAAUGUUAUUGAUUCAUCCAUAAAAUCUGAAAUUUUAGAUGUUAGUUCUAAAAAAGAUGUCAAAUCUGAAGUUAAAGAUACAAAAUUAAAUAACGAAAAUAUUGGAAAACCUUUAAUUGAAGUUACUCCUACUGAUUCCAAAAUAUCCGAUAAUUCAAACGAUUUACCAGAAGAAAAAAUAAAUAUUGAACAACAAUCUAAAAAACAAGAUACAAAAACAGUUUCAUCGGUAAAAGUUACAGAUGUAACUAUUACACAAGAAAUUAAAAGUGAAUCUAUUUUGGAUUCUAAACCUUCGACAGAUAUUAAAGAACAAAUCCAAAAACCUAAAAAAGGUAAAAAAGAUAAAAAAUUAGAUAAUGUUCCUUCUGUAACUGAACAAUUUAUUGUCAGUGAAAAAUCUGUUAAAAUUACUUCGACUAUAACUGACGAUACAAAAACAGAAACAACUGAUAAAAAACAACCUUCUGAUGAAAAUAUUGAAUCUAAAAAAUCCAAGAAACGGUCCAAAAGCAAACAAAAAUUGGAAGAUGCUAAACCAAAAACAGAUGAAAUUCCCGAAGACGUUAAAAAAUCGCCAAUUGAAUCUAAAAAACAAGAUAUAAAAACAGAAAGUAUUCAAGAACAACCAAAAGUUGAUGAUAAUGUUGACAUAAAAAAAUUAACGGCUUCUGAUGAUGUUCAAUUACGUUCUACUCCAAAAGAUGCUAUAAAAGAAUCAACUGCUAAAUUGAUUGAAUCAGAAAAAUCAAUUGCUGUGGAAAAAGUACUAGAUAAUACAAAGGAAUACCCUACUAAAAAGAACAAAAAACAAAAAAAUAAACAAAUAGAGAUGACUGUCGAUGCUUUUAAAGAUAUUCCUAAAACAGAAGAAAUAAUUCCUAAUGAAAAAGAUAAAAAAAUAACCGUAAGCAAUAUUGAAAUUGUUAGUACACCUUCUAUUGAUUCUUCCAAGCAAGAAUCCAAAACCAAAGUAGAUACCGAAAAUCUCGCAACAUCUAUUGUGUCUUCUAAACAAAUUCCAGAAAUUGACAAGACUGUGAUUGUUACUGAAACCGUUGUUAAAACUUCAAUUCGUUCGCCCGACAUAAAACCUGAAAUACAAGAGACAGUGAUAUUCUCUGAAAAUGUCACUAAAGAACCUAAAAUCGAAACAACUGUGAAUAUUGUUGAAACGGUUCUCGAAACACCUGUGCCUGAAAAAUAUUCAAAUAUAAAUUUGAUUUCUGCUGAACAACAAAGUAAGAUAGACUCUGAAAAACAUAAGAAUGAAAAUACAGAAAUAACAUUGUCCGGUACCGAACAGAAUGAAUCAAUUAUCGAUUCGAAAACGUCCAAAAAGCGUUCGAAGAGUAAACAAAAAGCAGGUACCAAAAUGGAAGUUACGACCAAAGAUGAAACUUCUAAUAUUGUUGUAGAAACUAUAAAACUUAUUGAUUCAGAGAGAAAUAAACCAGAAAUAAUAGAGGCUAUCCUGAAGCCAGAAAUCAAAACUGAAACAGUUAAACAAUCUACUAAACCUGUUAAAACUAAGAAAGGAAAGGAAACUACUCAAAAAGUAGUAACCACUGAAACUAUUUCAGUUACUGAACCAACCACGAAUAUUUCCUCUGAAAAACUAAUAAAAACAUCAGUUACCAGCAUAACAACCGAAACUUCUGGUGACAAAUCCGUAAUACCUAUUGUCGAAAAUGUUUUAGUUGUAACUGAGACAGAUAUUAAACAAGUAGAACCUACAGUUGAAUUUAAAUUAAGUGAUCUUGAUAUAUCUGUUGGAAAAGAAAUACGCGAAUCGGAUACUUUAUCUUCACCAAGUGUCUCACAAUCAGAUACAACAAUUUCUUCCAAAGAUGAUCUUUUAUCUGAUUCGACUAAAAAACUCGAUGAAUUAAAAGAAUCUAAAGUUGAUGAAAUUCCUGUUGAAAUAGCAACUGAUGUUGCUGAACAAUUAAUAGAUAAUUCAGUUCCAUCUAUUAGGGAUAAAUCCUUAAAGGCAAAACCAUCAGAAACAAUUGUGAUUCAAGAAGAGAAAAAGAAAAAACCAGAAGAAAAUGCUGAAAAUGUUUAUAAUGAUAGUGGUUUCUGGGUAGAUAGGUUUAGAUAUAAUGACGCAGAAGUAUCAUUACAAAUCUAUUUACAACAAAAUCGAUUAAAAUCAAAUAUAACUCCUCAACAAGGAUUAACGAAUGGUCAUUAUCCGGAUAAAGAUGAUGAUUCAGAUAGCAGCAGCGGACCUGGAACACCUGAGCGUAAACAAUCCGCACCAUCAAGACAAGCAAAUAUAUUUACAACAGAAAUAACAAGCACCGACUUACCUGGUGGCAUGUGUAGUUGGAAAGACCAAAGUACCUACUUAGCAAUGGAACCAUUGACUCCAGACUUAAAUAUUUUAAAAUCAACAACGGAAACUUACUUAAAACAUAAUGACAAGUCACUAAGCGAACCAAAGACAUUAAAAUCACAAACAACAUUGACUGACGUACUUGAUAACACCCUUCCUAAAUCCUCCUCAUCUAGUAAAGGCGAACAGGGUGAUGUUGGGGCAGACGGGGACGGUGAUAAAACAACAAAACAUCGUAAGAAAAAGGAUAUUAAAGACAACGUUCAACAAUUACAACAAUCGUUGGAAAAAACUGAAUGUAUUAUUGGUGAUUUACCAACUGAUAAUUUGGAAAAUAUUCUAAAAGCUCUUAAUAGUAUUGCUGUUGAGUUACAAAGUCAUGAGACGGAAGCUAUAAGAUUGGAAGGUUUAGUUAUGGAAUUACCGCCGUGUGACACCGAACGACAAACGUUACUGGCACAUAUUGCUGGUAUACGUACAAGAAUUGUGACUUUAUUAUCGCAGGCGAAUCAAGGCAUUACAGCUAUUAAGAAUGCUAAAGAUAUCCAUGACCGUCGCCGUGAAGAAAUUGAACAAUAUCGUCAAUUAUUAAUUGAAAUUGAAACUUGGUUACGUGAAACUACCGAAACAUUAUCCGCUGAUGUUGAUUUAACAACAGAAUCACAAAUUGAAGGUGGUAUUAAUGCUCAUCAAAAAGCAUUACAAGAAUUAAAAUUAAAAGAAAAGAAAUUGUCUGAAUUACAAACAUUAUGUGCUGAUUUACAAAAAUAUGCUGAUGUUCGUCCAUUAGCAAUUGUUUUAUUAGAACAGUUAAAAUCUGUUCAAUUAACAUUAAUCGAAGCUGGUCAGCUAGUUAACACUCGCUUACAGACCUUAGAAAUAUGGCUAAUUAAAUUCAAAGAACAACAAUUAGCAAAACAAAUUAAAACACCUGAACCAGUAUCACUUGAUGAAAAUACUUUGGAUUCAAGUCCAAUGCCCGAAGAAGAAGUGAAACAAGUGAUGGAAAUUGAAACACAAACUGGACAUAGUUUAAGUUCACCAAUUCCAGCAGUUGUUGAAGAACCAAAAACCAAAGAUGUUUCAAUUUCAUGUAAUGUACCAAAAGAUCGACAAAUACAAACUUCAUUUACCAGUACAUCAAGUUCCAAAGAAUCCAAAGAAAUAUCUCAAGCUCCAGAUAUGGGUGUACAAACAUCAUUCGUAUCAAGUGUUACAAGUGAUAUUGUACAACAUCCUACAGAAAUUGCAAUUCAAACACGCCCAGAUGAUAUUCAACCUCGCGAACGUAUACAAAUUUUACAAACAAUAUCCGAAGGUGGUCAUGAAACAAUUCAAAUAUCCACAAAACCAAUUACGAGUGAUCAGUCUCAGCCAGUUAUUACUGAACCUGAUGAUUUAACUGUGGAAGCAAAAUACAGAGAUCGACAACCAACACAAAAUCUAGGUGGUAUUAAAUUAUCUGAAUUAAAUAUUGAACAUUCUACACCACAAGCGUUUGAAGCAACUUAUAACGAACCAGAUCAAACAACAACUGAAGUUAUUGUAGACGAAGAUGGUACUAAACGUAUAAUUGUUCGCAAAAUACAUCGAACAGUUGUAUCAAGACAUCAAACAUUACAACACCAACAAUUAACAGCUGUUAAUACUCUUACCGAAAACGAUGUGCCAAUUAAUCAAAGUUAUUCACAAGUUACAUUGCAAGGACAACAAGCUAGUACCUCAAUAGCUCGAGGUGAUGGCCAAACUGAAACAUUUGCAACUCAAUCGUACGGUGGAAAAGUAAUAACUGGAGUUCCUGGUGGAGAAGUUUCCGUACACGAAUUCCAAACACAACCCGAACAACAAUAUAUUGUUACUGAAAGUGAUAUACCUCCUGAAGUUUUACUUAAAGGUACUCCUGUUCAUGAAGGUGAUGUAGCUUACAUUAUUCCUGAAGACAGUCAAAAUAUAUUAAUUGAAGGAGGUGAAGUACAUACAUCAAGUUCAAGUAUUCGAGCAGUUGUUCAACAAGUAACCCGUAAAAUCGUUCGUAGAACACGUAGAAUAAUUAAGAGAAUCACAAUUAUCGAUGGAAAAGAACAUGUUACGGAAGAAAUUGUUGAAGAACCAGAAGAAACUGAAAUAACUGAUGAAGGUAUCCCUAGAGUAUGUAUCAACGUGAUGAGAACCGAAGAUGGAAAAGUUGUUGAUCAGCAACAAUUUGGUGAUGAUACAUUGAGACCUGAACCAACAUCUCCAAUCGUAAGAGAUCAAAAUGUUUCAACUAGCACUGUAUUAGUAGAUCAACUCGCACAACCAAUAGAAGGCACACACACAUCUGACACUGUAAUAUUUUCAGCAUCGCCAAAUGUAGAAGAACCAACAGAAAAAGAUAUUUUAGUUACUACAUACGACAAAGCAAUAGAAUUCCCAUCAAAAGCUGCUUUUACACAAGAUUUUAUUCAACGAGAAAUACAAUUACAAUCACCUGUUGUACCUAGUGAAAUAGAAAAAGGUACUUCUGAAAGUGGAAAGUCUGAACACUCAAGUGUAGGAGACGAUAAACCUAAAAAGACAAAACGAAAAUUCAAGGCAAAACAAAGUGUUUCUAGAACUCCAAGAACACAGAGUCCUUUGCCUAGUCCAAUUCAGAGUACUGAACUAGAUGAAGAAACUCAACCAAUAGCAAAAGCUGAAUCACCUAUUGACGUAAAAGAUCACGAUAAGGAAAUUGUUCCUGAAUCUACUAGUGAUAUAAUCGAAAUUACUGAAGAACCUAAACUGUCACCCAAGAUUGUUGCUGUUCAAGAGGAUAAGACUAUCACUCCAGAAGAAACCGAAGCCGUAGAUACCGAUCAAAUAAAAAUUGAAGGAAAACUAACACUUGAAGUAACAGGUAAAACUGGUGAACUUAUUUCUCGAAAAUUAUCGAUUCCAGAUGCGAUAGUAGAUCAUAAAGUCGAUAUUCCUACACAAACCGAAAAAAUUGAAGGGGCUAGAAUAACAAGUGAACUUUUCAUUGAAGAAAAACAAGCAGAGAAAAAGGAAAAUGAAACGCAAGUAAGUAAGGAACCAGCUGAGGCUAAACCUGAUAUGAAAUCCAUUACUGCUUCAUUUUUGCAACAAGAAUCAACAGUACAUGUUGGAAAAAUAUCUAGUCCUACAGCACCAGUUGCUGAACCAAUGCCGGUUGUGGAAACUUCUAAAGUAAAAUCUAAAAAAGAUAAGAAACCAAAGGCAACUAAGGAAGUAGUCGAAAAAACUGAAAUGUCCACAGAGACAACAAGGGAAAUUCCAAAUAAGGUCGUUGAAUUUGCUUUGUCAGUGGAAGAAAAACCAGUAGAUAUGAAAGAUGACGAAGUACAAUCAAAAGUUGCAGUUAAUCUCAAAUGGGAAGAAGUUACAAAAGAACAACAACUAUUUUCUGAUGUUGUGAAAAGGGAUUUAGAUAUAACAUUACCUUCAAAAACUGAAAGCCAUGUUUUAAUCGAAGCAGAAACUAAAUCUGUUGCAUUAUCCCCAAUCAUAUUUAAAAGUGAAUCUGAAAAUGACACAACAAAAAGCGAUAUAGAAAAUAGUGGUAGGAAGAGUAAGAAAAAGAAAAAGUUCAAAGAUAAAACACCUUCUCCUGCCCCUGAAACUGAAAAAACAAUUUCACAAAUUGAUGACGAAUGUACCAAUGUUCAAUCUCCAGUUGAAGAAGUGCAAGAAGAAGUAAAGGAAUUAUCUGUCGAUACUUCACUUGCCGAAUCCACUGACAUAAUUCUUGGUGAGGAAUCUCAAAUUUUAUCAGAUACUCCAAAACCAACAAUUGAAAAAUUGGAUUCUCUUACAACAUUCGAAUUGGACAUUGAUGAACGCACACAUGAUACAGGUUAUGAAGCUGAUGAUAAAAAUACACUUGACGAGAUUAGUCAAAUUGAAGACUUAGAUGAUAAGAAAAGGGUUAAAAAGAAACGAAAACAUAAACAAAAGAUGAAAUCUUUGGAACCUGAAGAAUCGACAAUACCUGCAUCACCUGAACUUAUAAAUGAUGAAUCAGAAGACUUAACAAGUUAUGGAAGUGAUGGUUUACCCAAAGAUAAACCACCACAUGCACACACCUUAGUUGAUGUACCAUCGAAGAAAAGUCGAAAACGGAAACAUGACACCAAAGAAAUUGAACCUAAAGAAGAUGUUGAAGUAGAGAUCGAGAUCGAACCUAUAGAAGAUAUUAAAUUAGAGGUAGAAGUUAAGCCAGUAGAAGAAAUUAAAACAGUUGUAGAAACGAAGCCAAAUAUUCCAGAAGAAACUGAAAUUGUUUCUCCACAAGACUCAUAUAGAACUUUAUCUGAAGUCAGUGAAACUGAACCAGUAAAAAUAAUCGAAGAAAGUAUACCUUCACCAUUAGGAACUGAAGAUGUUCGAGAUAUUGGAAGUAAAAUUGUCAUGACUGUACCAAUUGUUGAAGUAUUACAAACCGAGGAACGAAUUAUGCAAACGUCACCAGAAGUUAUUGAAACGAUCGAAAUUGAAGAAAUACCAGAAGUUCCUAAACCAGAAACUAAAGCGGCAAUUCAACAAACUUCACCUGAAGUACCAAAAGAAGUAAUUGACAUAUCUGUUCAAGCGGAAGAGAUCAUCGAACCGCCAAAGGCAAUCGAAACACAGGAAUUAUCUACUCAAAUUAUACCCAGUGAUAUAGUUCCAAUAAUUGAACAGUUUUCACAAACUUCUAGUCCAGAUGCAGUGCAAAUAAUAGAAACAUCUAUGCAAACUGUUUCCCCGGAACAAGUGCAAGUAGUUGAAGAAUCUGUACAAACUAUCACAGUUAGUUCACCAGAACCAGAACCAAUUAUUCGAUCAGAUUCAGCAAUGCAAACUAUAAUUGUUGAAUCUCAAGAAAUUUGUGCUCAAACUGACACCCCUGAAAUACCUGAAGAAGUUCCUACAGUUAUCAAACCUGAAACAAUUGAAAUCUCAGUUCAAACAACGCCGGAACCAGAAAUAAUUACAUCAGAGCAAUUUAUCCAAACAUCACCCAGAGAGGAAGAACCGCCAAAAGAACAAGUUAUUACAACCGAACAAUACAUGCAAACAUCACCUAGGGAAGAACCCAAAGAAGAAAUUAGGGAAGAACCUAAAGAAGUACCGCCACAAAUAAUUACAACUGAACAAUCAAUUCAAACCUCACCUAGAGAGGAAUCUAAGCCGCCAACACCAAUAGAAAAAGUUAUAGAAAGUAUAUCUCCAAUAGAAAUACCACCAAUUGUGGAAACUUUAGAUACAUCAAUGCAAACAACCCCGAUAAUUGUUAGUGAUGCUGAAGAAAAAUCAUCAAAAUCAUCAUCAACAGAUGAACCGUACGAGGUUCAUGUUAAAGCAACAAUUACCAUACCAUCCGAAAAGCCUAUUAUUGUUGAAAAAUCAAUAGAAGUAACAAAAGAAACCAAACAGGGUAAAUCUCCUCCAGAACCACCAAAACGUGGUAAAAAAGACAAACACCAGAAGAGUAGUGAUUCAUCUGAAAUGGACGAUAAACCUGAUAAGCCAGUUCCUAAACCAAGGGAGCGCAAAUCAAGAAAGGAUCAACCUAAAGAUGAGAAAACUCAAAAGGAAUCAGAUAUCCCACCUAAAACAGAAGAUAAGAAUGUCGAUGAUGAGCCAAAACCUAAGGAAAAGAAAAAGAAGAAAUUACCAAAACAGCCACCAGUUGAGACUUCAGUCAUUUUACCUGAAACACCAUCUGAAUCUGAAGCGUCGACGUCUAUUGAUGAUAAUGUCUCAAUUCAGGUGACUAUUAAUCAAACUCCAGCGAAACAUUCAUCGGCUUUAUUCAUUGAAGGUGAAAAAGCUAAUUUAGAGCCAAAAUUAUUGUAUGCGGAUGUAGCCAAAGGCAGGUCACGCUCUUCUUCACCCAGUAACAGGAAAACAACUCUUGAAGAAACUAUUAUUACACAUCCAAUCCAAAAAACGGAAUUAUUACUCCAAUCCGAGAGUAAAACCGAAGAGCCUACAGAUUCCAGCUUAACCGAAUCAGAGGAUAUUUCACUUAAUAUUAAAUAUCCUGACACACAAUAUCAAAAAGUAAUCGAAACUUUCCCAACUCCAGAAUCAUUAAGUCCAUCUGAAAUGGAUGAAAUUAAUGUUUCGGUAACCAUUUCACAACCAAUUAUUGAUGUAAAACCAGAAAUAUCAACACAAUCAAUAAUUGUGAAUGAGAGUCAGAAAACUGACGCGAUUAUUGAUGUAAAACCAGAAAUAUCAACAAAAUCAAUAAUUGUAAACGAGAAUCAGAAAAUCGACUCGUUGGUACCUCUGAAAUCUGAAUUAGUAAUUCCUCAAAAUAAAAUUGAAGUAUUUCGUGUACAAAAUGUUUUAGAUCGAAAUAAACGAUUGGAAAAUAUAAGUAAACCAAGACAAUUUACUUCAUUUGUUGAUUUAAUACUUCUAGAACAAACAUUAGGAGGGGAUAACGCAACGUCUGUAGUGCCAUUAUCAAAUAAUAAUGUUCAAGAUCACUUGUUUAAUUUACAAAAUGCGAUUCAGCGAAAAGAUUAUAUAACCACACAGCAAACAAUUUACACAACUGUGGAAACAAUUACCACAUGGUUAGAAACAAUCGAAUAUCGUAUAAUAAAAACUAGACAAGAUAUGAACCAAGGACCAUCUAAAGUUAAAACAGCUACAUUAAAUAAUCUAAAAUCUGAAAUUGCUUCAAUCGAAGAGAAUGUUAAUGAAUUACAACAAUUAGCAGAAAUAUCAGCAGAAAUUAGUGAUCAACCAGUAGCAAAUGAAAAAAUUCAAAAUACAAUUCAUGCGCUACAAGAUCAAAUUAAAUUAUUGGAUAAAAUUACAAAAGAAAAUGUGGAAUUAGCCAAUAAUGAUUCAGAUCGUUGGACAUCAUUAAUUUCUGGUAUUAAUAAUAUUGUUGAAUUAAUUAACUUGUUAGAAAAUGAUUACGAUAAUUUAAUAAAUAGUGAUGCAUCUGCAACAAGUAAAUUAGAACAAUUAGAACAGUUAGAAUACUUGAAUCGAAGUCAUCGAUCGAAGGCAAAAUGUUUAAUGCAAUCAGCUAGAAAUUUAUUACAAGAUUUCCCAUCACAAGAAAUUCCAAAAGAAUUAUAUGAUGCAUAUGAAAGAACUAAUCAAAUUGAAAAUUCAAUUGAAAUCGAACGUGAACGUACUUUGCAAUUAUUAGUUUUAAUCGAUGAAUAUCAACAAACAUUACAAGAAUUCUCACAAAUCAUCGAUAUCGCUGAUGCAUUAGUAGAAGGGCCAAUUGUGGUAACAAGUUUGGAACACUUGAAUGACGAAAUGCAGAAACAUCGUAAAUUCUUUGUGAAUUUAAGUCAUUGUCGUGGUAUUUUAGAAUCAUUAGAAGGACAUCUUGAUUCAGAUACACGCACGAAAUAUUCACAAUUACAUCAAACAUUACAUCAACGUGCCACAUCUAUUUUGGAUAAAGCUGCUUAUCGAUCACAACAAAUGGCUUUAGCUGCAUCUAGAUGGACUGUUUUAGAGCAAGGUAUUCGUGAAGAAACUAAAUGGUUACAAGUUGCUUAUCAACGAGUACCAAAUUUAAAUAAUGUCACAUCGGCUGAUUAUGAUCAGUAUAUUAGUUUGUAUCAAAGUUUAUCGUUAGAUAUAGCUCACCAUCACGCAAAAUUAAUUCAGCUAAACAGUGUUGCACAAAGAUUGAAGGAAUUAAUAACAUCAAAUAAUUUAGAUGGUAAAUAUAACGAACCAUUAGAUGGCUUGUUAAAACUUGAAGAUAACAUUAACAGCAAUUUACGUAGAUUGCUAGCAUUUAAGGAAACAUGGACAAUGUAUGAGUUGCUCACAGAUAGAUUAGAAUAUUGGAUGAAAAUUGCUGAACAAGAAUUGAAAAAAGUUGAUAUUGGAACAAACUACACACCACCAAGUAAUUUACGUAACUUCUGGGAAUUAAAAGCUCAAUAUGAAGUCAAUAAUAAUAUACGUAAUGACGCAGGAAAUACUUUUGAACAAUCAUUACAAAUUAUUCCUGUUUCCGAUGAGCUAUUACAACGGCAAUUCCAUACUCAAGUUGAAGAUCGUUGGAAAACUAUAUCAAGUAAAAUAAAUGACAUACAAAAUGCAGUUAUUGAAAAUAUAUCCGCACCUGAUGUAUCCGUCGAUGAAAAGUUACGUAUUCUAGAAGAAGAAUUACAAGAAAUUAAAUUAGCAGUUGAAGAUCGACAUGGAAUUAUUAAAAAUGAAGGAGAACUUGAUUUGUAUAUUGAACGAUUACAAAUUAUUAGUAGUCGAAUAAAUACUAUUCAAAAUGAAUUGGGUCAAGUUGGUUUAUUACCAGCUGCUGAAUCUGAAAAAGUAGGAUCAUUAUUAGCUUUGUCAAGGCGAUUAGAAUAUCAAGUUACCGAAGAAAUUGAAGGGGGUAAUUUAUUAAAAGAACGUUUACAAGCUAUUCAACAUGUAUUAUCUAAAGUGAAAAGAAAUAAUCAACGAUUAAAUCAAACGUUGGAUGAUUGUGCGGCUAAUGAAAAAAUGGGUAGUGAUAUUGUUGAACAAUCUAUGCGUGAUUGUCAAGAAGUUGGUGAAGAAUUAGUUUCUGUUUGGCAGGAUUUAAUGUCUGCUAGACAAUUGUUACAUACUUUACCAUUAAUUUUACGUGUAUCCGUGUCACCACUAACAGUUGAACGAGAAAUUACUCAAUUACAAAAUGAUCAUAGUACAUUGGAAAUUCGAUGCAAGAAAUUAUUGGAUAUGUUACGGGAACGGUUAUCAAUAUGGCGUCGUUUUGAACAUCAAUUGGAAAUGGUUCAACAAAAUGUACAAGAGGCCGAUUAUAUGAUGGAAUUGUUGACUGUUCAAGGUUCCGUGGAUUAUGAUCGGUUGUUGAAGGCUACUGAAAGACUAGAGGGAUUGAAUGGUGAUUUAAAAGAUCGUGAAAGUUUAUUAGCAGAAUUACGUAUUGCUGCUGAACCGUUACAAGCAACUUGUACACCAGAAGUAUGUGCACGUGUUGAAGCAGCAGUAGCUGAAGUGACACAAGCAUGGGAAGAGACACGUGAUAAUUUACAAACAUUGUGUACACGUUAUCAAAACGCUGUACGUUUAUGGCAAAAGUAUCGUGACGCAAGUGACGCUGUACGACAGUGGACUGAAGAACAAAUGGGUUCUGUUGCCAAUUUACAACCUGAAGAAGCGCUCAAGCAAGUUAAGGUAUGUGAGGAGACAAUGGCUGCUCACAAAGAACGAUUGAAAGAAAUAAGUAGUUUAGUUAAGGAAAUAGCAGCGAAUGUUGGCUUAGAUGAAAAUACACUAUUGCAAGGGGAAGUUGCAGCGCUUGGAAAACAACUAGAAGAUGUCAGAGAAUCUAUAACCACAUUAGCGGAUGUAGCAGAAACACGUGCUCAAUCAAAUGAAGACUGUAAUGAUCAACUCAAUGACACCAAAACAUUCCUAAACUCUGUACAAAAGACUUUAAUCGAUGUUGAUAAAUCAAAUGAAAAAGAUACCGAAGCACAGUUAGUCGCCUUACGAAAUCAUUUACUCGCAUUAGGAAAAACAGAAGGCCAAAUACAAAAUAUCAAAGAAAAAUCAUUAGACUUAGUACAAAAUACGACGACACAAACAUCUGUUGUUGAAAUUUUACAUUUAUGGCAAAAUGUAUUCCGUGAAACAUUCCAACAAUAUCAUCGAUUAUCAACACGAUUAGUACGUAGCGAAGAUGGGGCAGCAGCCUUACGAUUGUGGCAAGAAUAUUUACUUCAUGUUCAAUCGUUCCUCUCUGGUAAUAUACCAGAAGAUUACAAUGGCCUUACCGAACAUCAACAUUUAUGCGAAGUACACCAAAACUUAUUAUCUAGUCAAGGAAAUGUAUUGCUCUCAAAGAAUAAAGAUACUGACAAUAAAUUAGGCGGAGGUUUAGUGGAUCUCUCGGUUAUGGAGCAAUUUGAUUCACUCACAAAUUUACACAAUGAAACAUUAGCUAGAAUAAUGGAACGACAUAGUGAAGUUAAAGAUCGUAUUGCCUCUUGGGAAAGCUAUCGAAAAGAUCAAGCAAAAUUAUUAGCAUGGUUAAAAUCAACGGAAAAAGAAAAGGAAAGAUUGCAAUUACGAUACUUACACUUACGCCGUGUUCCAAAAAUAUUAAACAGAAUCAAAUGGUUAUUAGAGAAAAUUCCUCUUGGGGAAAAACAAUCCGAAGACUUGAAACAACAACAGAAAAAGAUCCUAGCGUUUUGUGAUGAUGAUGCAUUAGCGACAUCGAUACGUAUGGAGCAUGCAGCCAUCGUACAACGUAUUUCAAAUUUACAUGCAGGUCUUGAAACAUGGCGUGAUUUUAUUGAAAAAAUUCUUCGUAUUAAUCAAGAAUAUGAUUCACAAAUUACACAAAUCCAAACAACUUAUCAAGAUAUUCAACAAAGUUUACAAAGUUCUCAAUUUGAAAGUGGAACUGUUUCACAUUCUGGUAUACAAAAUAAAUUAGCUUUACUUCGAGCCCAUAGAACGCGUGUGACAGAUACAUCGAAAGACUUAGAAAAAUUAGGUAUAAUACAGGAACAAUUGAAAGAAUGUGUCAGUCCUUCGGAUAUGAAAAUGAUUAAUCAACGAUUAUGGUUAUUGGUCCAUCAACAAGGUGAUUUGGAUCAUCAAUUAUCUUCGUUAAUUCAUUUACUUGAAGAACGAUUUAAUUUACGGGCUAUGUUUGAGACACGACAAACAAGAUUUAUUAAUUGGGCUUCGCAACUAGAAUCUCGACUACAACAUGAAACUGACAAGGGAAUUAUUCAAGAUCCUGAAGAAGUAAUUAAAAAAUUAGAAACUGAAUUGCAAUCCGAAUUAGGUUUAAAAGAAAGAGAACUUGAAUGGAUACUUAAAACGGGACAAGAACUACUCGAACAAUGCGAUAAUCAACCAGAAGAUCGCUUAAUUUAUAAUAACGUACAGGGUAAAUUAAAUGAAGUCCAAGAUAUUUGGCAACGAUUGCAAGAUUUAAGUAAAACGAAAGCAAAUAAAAUUCAUGAUAUGAUACAAACAAAAUCACAGCUAGAAAUACGUAUAGCGGAAAUUCGAGCAUGGCUAAAGUCUGUUGAAUCAAAGUUAGCAGCUCCCUUAAUAUUUGAAGCAUGUACAAAAGAUGUGAUUGAUCGAAAAUUACAAGAACAUGAUAAAUUAAAGAAAGAAAUUGAAAAGGAAAGUGGAAAUAUUGGUGAUGUUUUAAAUCUAUGUGAAUUAUUAUUAAGUGAUGUUGAUACAUGGAAAGUGUAUUUCAAUACAGAUUUUAUACGAUCAGCUGUUGAAAAUCUAGAAAAACGUUGGAAAUUAGUCUGUGGUGCAUCUGCAGAGCGUAAACGUAAAAUAAAAAAUGUUUGGACUUUAUUACAAGAAGUAUUACGUUUAAGUUUAGACCAAGAAGAAUGGUUAAUGAAACAAGAGAAACAAUUACAAGAAAUGGAAUCAUCGAUGAAAACACUAUCACAAGAACAAAUUCAAGAUCGUAUUCGUCGAUUAGAAAAUCAAAUGAUUGAAAUUGAAUCACGUGGUCCAGCAUUAACAAUAUUAGAACAAACAUAUUCCAGACUUGCCAAAGCUAGUGGUUUAGAAUUAGAGAAUUUACAACAGUUAACAUCCAGUGUUCGAAUUAUGUUAACUAGAUGGCAUUCGUUAACACCUAGAGCGAUUAAUAUUUUACAGAAACUUAAACAUGAAAUUGCUAUUUAUAGAGAUUUUGUAACGGCACAUGGUAAAGCUGUUGUUAGUUUGACACAAGUUGAUGUUCAAUUGACACAGUUGCAACAUCUUGCUGGCCCUGAAUUGGAGGCAUCUCCAAAGCAUCGCCUUCAACAAGUUGAGAAAUUAGCAUCGGAACUUGAAAGCUACAGUACACAUUUACAAAAUGCUGAUCAAUUAGGCUCCUUAGUAAUACAACGAGUUCGUGAAGAUGAAAUUCCAUCAAUACAAGAAAUGAUUGACGAAUAUCAACUAUUAUGGAAAGACAUCUUAGAACGAAUAACACAUCUAAAACAACAAAUACAAAUACAAAUCAAAGAACGUGCUGAUCUAGCGAAAAAACAUAGUGAAGUCGAUGAAAGUGUACAAGUUGAAACAUUGAAAUUCGAACAAGAUACUGCUGUCCAAGUAAACACAUUACCACCUCUAGUACGAUUAACAUCAAUCACAUCGAAAGAUGCAUAUAUUUAUGAAUUAGAUUCAGCAAUUAGAGAAUGUACUGCAAAUAUUGAUUCAUUUGAAGUGUUAGUAAGUAGUGCAAUGCCAUUACAAGGUAGUCCAGAAAUACAAACGAGUGGGAAAACAUUAGCAAAAUUAAUUGCUACUUGUCAAUCAUCUGUUGAAUUAGUUAAACAUUUAAAUCAAUUAUUAUUAUCGGAAUCGAAUUGCACUGAUGAACAAGCACGAAGUAUCGAAGUACAAAAUUUAAUAACAAGAUUUGAGGAUAUACUUAUACGAGCACGUAUUCGAGAACAAAAAAUUCGAGAAUUAAGGUCUUCUUUGGCUGAUACCUAUUCUUUUAUUUGUGAACAUGAGGCAGGUCGAUUAUUAUGCCCAUUGUGUACACGGCGAAAUUGGCAACAACUUGAAAACGACUUGUGGCGAUUAGAACAAUGGCUUUUAUUUGCUGAGAGUACACAAGAAAGUCAACAUUCGGCUCCAUCGAAUAUUGAACAACUUGAAGAUGUCAUACAAGAUCAUAGAGAAUUUUUAUUGAAUUUGGAUAGUCAUAAAAGUAUUGUUGUUUCAUUAAAUAUUGUUGGAACACAUUUAGCAGAUCAUACUGAAGAUACUGCAAGAGCCGAUGAUUUACGUUCAAGAUUAGUGACUAUUAACAAGCGAUGGGAUACCGUUUGCUUGAAAGCAGCUGCUUGGCAGACAUUGUUACAAACAGCAUUAAUGAGUAAUCACGAGUUCCAUCAAACAAUUGACGAAUUAUGUACAUGGUUAGAAAAAACUGAAAUCAGUAUACGAGCAUCAGAACCAGUUGACAUAACAGCAGAUACAUCUGUGAUUGAUGCAAAAUAUGAAAAGUUUGUUGAUUUACGUGCAGAAUUAGAACGUUGUGAACCACGUGUGAUGAGUUUACAAGAAGCUGCUGAUCAAUUACUACGUCAUUCUGAAGCACCAGAUGGUGCAACUUUAAUUCUAACAAGAUUAACAGAUUUACGUCUUCGAUUACAAUCACUUAGACGAUUAACAGGCGUGUAUAUAUUAAAAUUGGGUGCUGUACUUGGUAGAGAUCCUAAUGAAAUUGGAAUUACUUUAGCAACACCAGCUUCUAGUGUUGGAACUUCAUUACAUAGUUUAUCAUAUGAUCUUCUGGAUCAAGCAGCUGCCACUGGAUUCGAUACAGCUACUCAAAAUGAUCAGCACCAAAAUGGCAGUACAGAUGACGCUGAAAUUAACACAUCCGUCUUACGUCGAGGUUACCGUUUCUUGGGACGUGUCGUUCGUGCAUCACUUCCAAUUCAAGCGCUGAUGCUAUUACUAUUAGGUGUUGCCUCACUUGUGCCAACAGUCGAAGAUGAUUAUUCAUGUACAUUAACAAAUACAUUAUCUCGAAGUUUCGAGCCCGUUUUAAGAUACAAUAAUGGGCCACCACCUGUUUAGUAAACACUUUUUUUUCGAAUAAUUCUUUUGUACCUUGUAUACUUCAACAUAAUUCCAUUUUAAAAUAAUUUUCAAUUCUUCCGUCGUCAAUGUUUUUUUUAAUAUCGUUUUCUUUCAACGUUUUUUUUUUAUUGGCUUUUCUUAGUCUUUGAGAUGAUUUUUUUUAGAUUUAGUGAUACUUAAACUCUAAAUAAAUGUUCCUCCUGCUAAUUCGUAAAUAGUUUUAUAAAUAAAUAAUUUAAAACAAAUGU